UCCCACUCGAGAUACACUACCACCAUUUGAUUGUGCUUUCUUUUGUAUUCAAACAAAUGGCGUCGCCUCAGUCUUCAUUUGAUUUCACUGUCAAGGAUGCUAAAGGAGGUGAUGUGGAGCUAAGCAAUUAUAGAGGAAAAGUGUUGUUGAUAGUCAAUGUUGCUUCAAAGUGUGGGAUGACAAAUUCAAACUAUACCGAGCUAAAUCAGCUGUAUGAAAAGUACAGAGAUCAAGGCCUCGAGAUUUUAGCUUUCCCGUGCAACCAGUUUGGUGAAGAAGAACCUGGAAGCAAUGAUCAAAUUCUCGACUUUGUUUGCACUCGAUUCAAGUCCAAUUUCCCCAUCUUUGCUAAGAUUGAGGUGAAUGGUGAAAAUGCUGCUCCACUGUACAAGUUCUUAAAGUCGGGCAAAUGGGGAAUCUUUAAGGACGAUAUCCAGUGGAAUUUUGCAAAGUUUUUGGUAGAUAAGAAUGGGCAGCCUGUUGAUCGUUAUUACCCCACGACCUCACCUCUCACGAUCGAGAGGGAUAUUCUAAAUCUAUUGGGGUCGUAAAGGAAAAAACGUGUUUUUUCAUAACCCUUGCUACCUCGGGUCCUAUUGAUGCUCGACUAGUCGGUUAUCAACUUUAAAUGGCUAGAAGAUCGAGACUUCUUGUAAUUAUAAUUAUCUUGGACUUCUUGUAAUAUCAUCAGAAAUGGUAAGUGUAAAAUGAUUUGAGCUUCUUUUUUAACCUAAAAAAAAUUGGAAUCUCAUCCAGUUUUCUCAGGAUUGGAUAUUAUAAUUGUAACCUGGAACUCUGAGAAGGGGAAAAUGAAGGAAAAGAUGGAAAUAGGAAACCAAAUUUAUUGGUAAUGAAAAUGAGGAAAUAUAAGUAAGAUGAAAAUG